UGCUUUUCCUAGCCCCCCGCUCCUUCGCUAUCUCCUUUCUCCGGUCGUAAUUAGAUUAGACACUCCGACCCAAAGGAAAAGCAAAGAGAAGAAAAGAAAGCAGUUCUCCAUGGAGAUGGAGAAGGAGAUCCUCCUCCUGGCUUCCGCUCCCGCUCCGGCUCCCACCAUCUUUCUUUCUCAUAUUCCCUCCCCACCACCGCGCACAUAUUCCCACCACCUUUGCUCCUUCUUGCUGCCUGAGCCUCUCGCCUCGCCCCGUACCCUCCCGCAGACCACUACAUGCGGCGCCGGCGCUCUCCUGUGGCGGCGCUGUGGCUCGCGGCGGCGUGGGCUCUGCAGCUGCUCGCGGGCGCCGGGGCGGCGAACCCGACGUGGUGCAUCGUGCGCACCGGGGCGCCGGUGAGGACGGUGCAGGCGGCGCUGGACUACGCGUGCAGCCCCGCGGGCGGCGCCGACUGCGCGCCCAUCCAGCCCAGCGCCCUCUGCUACCUCCCCAACACCCUCGCCGCGCACGCCUCCUACGCCUUCAACUCCGUCUACCAGCGCUCCCACGCCGCCCCCGGCGCCUGCGACUUCGCCGGCACCGCCACCGUCACGCUCACCGACCCCAGUUAUGGAUCAUGCACCUUCCCUGCAUCUCCAGGCUGGGUCACCCGGUUCAGCCACGUCCGCAUCUCGACCGCCGCCGGGCAACCGCAAGCCUGACCUUGGAUCAGACGACGACGAUUCCGACACCGAUGAGGCUCACGUUGCCACCGCCAAUGCACCCUUGAUGUCUCUUGCCCUCUCCUGUUUCGUGUACCUGCACUUGCGCUGGUGGUGACACGGGAUGGAGUAUUGCGUAGCUAGGCUCUGUGCGUAGAGCACUGCCACGAUGUAAGAAGCCACCACAGUUUUGUUUUUGGGAGGGAAUUUGUAGUGAUCGCUCGUAGCAUUUGUAACCUGCCCGUGCAAGCAAAAGGGGGCUAGAGUGGCAGACAUUUGGAUUCGUCUGAUUCAUUUGGAUGUUCUUUCGUGUCAUGA